AUGGCGGCCCCUGCCCAGCUUGAAACAAUAACGCCUACGGCUACUUGUCCCGAGGAGAAAAUCGACCAGGCGGCUGCUCUCCAGGUCCAAGAUCGAUACGAGAGGGAACGCACUAAACGGGCGAGACCAAAAGGUGUUUCUCAGUACAUUGACCUCUUUUCAUCGGAAAGGUUCAAGCAUUAUGGCCUAGAUAUAUGGCUUGACCCGGCACAUCCACCUAGCGAUACCGCUCGACGAUUUGGAGACUCCAAGUCCAAGGUACUCAUUCUAGGCGCCGGGUAUGGCGGACUACUUUAUGCCGUAAAUUUGAUUCGGGCUGGCAUGGCCGUUGAUGAUCUGCGUCUCGUCGACUCGGCCGGGGGUUUCGGAGGGACAUGGUACUGGAAUCGGUAUCCCGGCCUGAUGUGUGACAUCGAGAGCUACAUCUACAUGCCCCUCCUCGAGCAGACGGGAUACAUGCCCAAGGAGAAAUAUGCCAGUGGCACGGAGCUGCGCGAAUACGCAGAGCUCGUCGCUGAUAAAUGGAACCUUCGAAGCCAAACAAUGCUGCAGACCCAAAUAAAGCAGGUCGUUUGGGACGACUCGGCCAAAGAAUGGGUCAUCGAUAUGACCGAGACUCGCAAGGAGAAGCACCCGCUCGAAUUCAAAGUCAGGGCUCAGUUCUUCAUCUGUGCUUCCGGGAUCUUGACUCAUCCUCAGAUAUUAGACCUCCCAAGCAUGGAUACCUUCAAGGGUUCCAGCUUCCACAAUGCUCGAUGGGAUUAUAAUUGCACUGGUGGAUCGCCGACUGACCCCUCCCUGAUCCAGCUCAAGGACAAGAGGGUGGCCAUCAUUGGGACAGGUGCCACAGCCGUCCAAGUUAUCCCAUACCUCGCUCGAUGGGCCAAGCAUCUUCACGUCUUUCAACGUACACCCUCGGCGGUCAUGGAACGUGGUCAGCAAUCAACUAGUCGUGAGUGGUGGCUACACAUGACAAAAGAGAGCGGCUGGCAAAGAAGACGCAACGCAAACUUCAACGCGCAUAUGUGCAAUGCCGCAGAGCCUGGAGACAAAGACGUGGUUGACGAUGGAUGGAGCAAGUGUCCAACAUGGAGUGCACGCCUUGGUAGCCCGAAUGCACCUAUGAAGCCUGGAGCAAUACGUUCUUAUAUUGAAGGGUUGUACGCAUUGGACUCUCCACGUAUGGAGAAAGUCCGAGCCCGCGUUGAUCAGACUGUUAAAGAUGUUAAAACUGCCGAGAAGUUGAAACCAUGGUAUCCAAGCUGGUGCAAGCGGCUAUGCUUCCAGGAUGAUUAUCUUUCUAAUCAGGAGUACGGGGCGGACGUCCUUAUAUUCAGCACUGGCUAUCGCUCGGCCGCAGUAGACAACAUAGCUCGCCGUGCUCGGAUAACCGUCAAAGGUCGCCAAGGAAAGACCAUGGAUGAAGUCUUGGUAGAUGGUGUCUCUACUUUGCAUGGAGUCAUCGGCCGUGACUUUCCGAAUUUCUUCUUCCAUGGGCCCUCUCAAACUGCUGCAGCGGCAAACUAUUGCUUCUUUCUGGAUGAGAUCUCCCAGCACAUCUCGUACAUGAUUAUGCGGGGCCUCAAGAUUGCCGGCUCAGAAAGGGUCACCCUGGAGCCGACAGAAGAAGCGGUUCAAGCAUGGUCAGAGCAAAUCUCGAGUCGUGCUCUGGCGCUAGCGGGGAGGGGAAACAGCAACUGUGCACCGAGACAUCCAGUCCACGAAAGCAAGAAAAGCCCUUUAGAGCUAAAGAACAGAAAUCGUAGCGGGCUCUGGGGUUAUGGGGUAGAAAGUUAUCUUCAAUUUCUAGCACAUUGGAGAGCGACAGACGAUCUUCAAGGCCUCGAGAUAAGAAUAGUGUGA